GGAAGGUUUUGGAUCGUUGUAUAUUGAUAUAAGACAGUAACCACAGUAACGUUCCUUCACUUUAACCACAUUAAGGGAUUAUAACACACACAGCUGACCACAGGAACACAACUAUCACAGAAAAUCAGCCAGGGAGAAAUAUCAGAUGAUCUGUAGUACUGCGACUAGACGUAGAUUUUCACCCAACUUGCUGAUUGUUGUUUCACUGAGGAAGAUGAUGAUGAUGAAGAACUUUCUAAACCUGCUGUCCUUCAUCUGUCUGUGCACCGCUCAACAGAAAUCGACCCAGGACACAUCGGAGUGGGGCCAAAGAGACAAAUCCAGUGGCAAGAGUUGUUCAAACCUGACCCAGGUACUAGACAACUGGAAAUAUGCCAUCAUCUAUCAGGUGAAGGAUAUGCUGGUGAACGAUCAUGUGUCUGUCUUACCUGAAUAUGUCAGGAUCCAGGGCCUAUCUGAUGCCGUGGGUGAUCUUUAUAAGCAGUUUGACACCCUUAAGGAGAACCUGGGGAAGUUAACCAAUAAGUUUGACAGCAUGGAAAGCUUUGUGGAUGAACUUCAGUCAGGAAGAUUCGCCAGGCCGAAACUCAUGAUGCCCCCGAGAUUGCCUGUCGGCAAAAAGCCACUUCACCCACCCGUGAGAAACCCAGUUAAAGUCACAGACCGAACAUUAUGGGCACAAAGACUGAGAGCCAGGCGAGGUCCUGGUACUUAACAGAUUUAACAAAUCACACAGCGUUUAAUAAAUAUAGACAUAAUAAUGCUUUUGAUGGCCUGAGAUGGGCCCAUCAGGUGUUACUGCUUGGCAAAUUAUUAUUUUGUAUUACAAAAAAUGUACCCGGCUGUAGGGCACAUUUCAUAUAUAAUAGGAAGAAUGGGUUAUUUGUAGAGUAUGGUGGAUAUAUAAGAUAUUUAAGUUUUCAUUAAAUGGCAUAUACAAUAUUAAUAAAUAUUUUAUUUUUAAAUGACAUAAUUGACAACUGAUUUGGGAACAUAAUUGUUAAUGUAUAUAAAAGAUUGUAUCACAAAUGUAUUGAGCAGGCAACAGUUUAUUAUUUAUGUGUAAAAGCAUGUUUAAUGUAAGGGAUGUUAUAUUGAUAAUUACGUGGUUGAGGACACAUAAACAAAUAUUGAAGGUACAGUAUAUGAAAUUUUAAAAUGUAAACUGACUUAAGCUGUUUUAUAUUGUAAAUGUAAAUAUUUUAUUGCAAACACACAUGAAUAUAUAUGUGUAUAUAUGUUUGUAUAUCAAAGUACUUUAUUCAAAUGCAACUCGGAAUAAACAUAUUGUGCAAUAUUUAUUGUAAUAUGCUAGCUAUUAUUAACACCAUUCAAGUGUUUCACAAAUGGGCUACUAUGGUAGAUAAAACCACUAGUGACUAUAACAGCAACAGAUGGUUACAGUAAAAGUAUGUUAAUGUAUCACAUUUAUAUGCUUUUCUUAUUCUAAACGAUUUCUGAUGGAUGAUGUCUGUCCUCUACUGCAGUGGCUCUCAAACUGGGGGCCGGGGCCA